UCUUUCAAGUAACUUAUAAGGUAAUUUCUAUGUAAAAAUACGUUGUAAAUUCAAGAUGUCUUUCUUCGCACAAGCCACAAGACUGAAGAUUCUAGAUUAGCAAGUAUAAUCCAGGGAAUUUCCCAUAUAAAACCCCCUAGUAACUACUUGCGGAAUAUGUAUGGGCAGAUGGGGCAAUGGAGACGCUAGAUAAGUAAGAUCCUGGCGGAGGUGUAUUAUUGGCAACUGUUGUUGUCUCUUCAGCUGUUGCCAGUUGAAAUUGGGGUGAGUAAGUCCGUGCACUGUCUCCAAGGAUCCACAGCUGUUGACAUCAGCUAGCUGUAGGUAUCCGUGUGAUGCUCAACAAGACCCGCACAUGGUGCCCUCGUGUAUACCUAGGUACAUCCAAGCUCUAAUAAGAUCGUUUCCAGGCUGCCAGGUAGGUAAGCCCCUCGAGCAUUGGAGUUGCCUCGUCUUUUUUUUUAUCUUGACCAGGCACUAAGUAGCCACCAUGUUAUCAGGUACCGCUAACGACCCUUCAAUCUUAAACUUUGGGAAAGUUCUCACCCUUUCUACACCUGAACACACGCGUCUUCAGCAUGGCUGAGACAAAGCCCACAAUCCUGAUAUUCUGCCGCGGACAGCUAGAAGGAGGCCUCAAAAAGAUCAAAGAGAAGGCCGAUGUUUACCAAGCCUCUUAUUUGAAGCCUAAUGCUCCGGAGAAGCUUCUAAGUGAGCAUCCAUCAGCUCGGGCCAUCUGGAUCGUUGACCCUGAUAUUACGGCCCCCAAGUACAGGUCUCUAUCCAGCAAAGUUGUCGACUAUGUCCGAAAUGGAGGUAUGGCCAUCUUAGAUUGCUUCUUUGCCACGGAAGUUACGCCUCCUGCUUUCAACAAGUGGAUGGAAGAGGUGUGGGACCUGCCUUGGCGGUACGGCCAGUACGAAACAACGACGAUUGUCUUCCAGAGCUCUGCUAUCGGCCCUCGACAAUUCUGGAGAGACGGGCUAGCCGCUGCGUAUAGCCAGAAAGGGGUUUUUCUUAAGAACGUCGCUUCCGAAGACUCGUGGUAUGCUUCGCCCCCGGGAUCAACGAGCGAGUCUAGGGUGUUCGGACCUUCACCAGUCGAAGCUCAAACAUCUAUCGCAUUCAAGAAGGUUGGCGAGGGCUGGUUGGGAUGGACGGGCGACAUUCACAACCGGGAUGAGACUUCUGCUGCUGUGCGAGCAAUGAUGGGACUGAAUAUGAGGGAGAAGGUAGACUACUAGGUAAGUACGUACAGCUGACCGGGAUUUUGCACCAAAUGGUCUCGGGAAGAUGGAGAAGUAGUUUCAGCCGAAUAUAAAGUUGUCGUGGACUGUCUUCUGGCAUUCAUCUCGGUAUGCCAAAGGUAGCGAUCGAUGAUCAUCGUAUAUUACUAGUGUAAUGUGCGCGAUAAUUUAUAAGCUAUUAUAAAAGGACCCUUUUUACACAGUGAGGUAGGUAAAGUUAGAAAUUGCAGGUUAUAGGUUUUUGGGAAGAAAACAAAAGAUGAAAAGGUCGAUGUAAUCGCGUCUGCUACACAACGUAUACAUAGUAUCUGGUAUAUUGAAGCUUCCAAGCUUGUCGACGGUAUUAUGGGAGGACAAUUAGGGUGUACUAGGUACUUGAAUUUGGUAUCUGGCCAAUCAGACACUUAAACAACCGAAAUGG